AUGAAAAACCUCCAACUUCUGGAGGAAACUACACAGAACCCGCAGGCGGCUAAAAAAGCUUUAGAAGCGAAACCAAACGGAUUGUUGCAAGAAACGGAAGCAGCUUCACAAACAACAUCAGAUGAUGAUGGGCACAACAACCAAAAUGGUGAGGAUGAGGAUGACCUGGAGGGAAUGCUAACUUUACCGAUGUCCCGUAUCAAGAAAAUUGUAAAACUUGAUCCUGAGCACAUCUCAUCUACAGAGUCUGCAAAUUACUUGCUAGGAGUAGCAGCGGAGUUGUUUGUGAAGUCUUUCACAAGCCAGGCAGCAUCCAUUGCCAGAUCCAAGAAGAGAAAGAAAAUCCAGUACGCGGAUUUUCAUGAUGUGGUCAGCUCAGCUGAAAGUAUGCUUUUUUUAAAGGAUCUCGUUCCAAAGACUGUUCCACUAAAGGAGUUGCUCUCGGAGAAGAAAGUGAAGUUGCGGCCUGAUCAGCAAGCUUUGUUAGAACGGGUUUCAUCUGCUCAACCCCAGGUCAAUCCAACAGUACAACAAACACAAAGAUCACUUCCUCCUAUUCAGCCACAAAUAGCAUCUGUGCCGGAAAUCCAGGUCCGUCAGACCGCAGUUCUUCCGCCAUUAGUUGAGACUAGAUCUGGAGAAAAGUAUCCACCCAUUUUACCAAAGGACCAGCAUCCAGAUUCGCAUUCUGACAGCCAGGAGAAUUUAAACGCUUCACAAGCUGAUAUUUCUGAUGGAACAGCCAAAAACACCUUUAGACGAAGCAAAAUCAGCGACAUCUUAGACAGGGAAAAUAAUGAGGAUGUGGAGAUGAAAGAUGCCUAA